CAGAACUAGAACACCAUAUCACGUCAUACUCAACAGCAACAAUAACAACGUAAAGAUACUCCUAAUUUCAUUCCAUUAGUGAACCCAUUUCAUAAACAAAUUUUCAGUUUGUCUUUUUUUUGUGGAUUUUGCAUUGGAGGAAUGUUCUCAUUCCUUAGUACCUACUCAAUAACAGUUAUAAUUUAAAUUGGAAAUCAAGUUGAAAAAUCUCUGUCGUCACCUGCUCUUUGAGGUUAGUCUAGCAAAUGAUCGGUAGAUUUAUUAUUUUAUGCGAUCAUAAUAUUGUAAAGCAGAUGUAUAGAUUUCCUAGGUUGAAAUUUUAAGAAAAUAUUGAAGCUUUUUCUUUGAACUGCACAAAUUCUCAUGAUGUCUUCAUAGGCCUUAGUUAAAGCAGUAUCUAGGCCUACAUCUAAGUAAACACGUCACUUUUCAAAAACCAGAUUAAGUAAAAAUGAAAAUUCUACUUGUUGGAGGUGGAAUUACAAGUGCUUUAACUGGAAUGUGUCUUAGAAAAUUAUUGCCGGAUUGUAAUAUCAGCCUGUGGGACAAGGCAAGAGGUGCGGGAGGCAGGAUGGCCACAACUCGAUGCUCUUUAAACCCGAGCUGUACAGCUGAUUUAGGCGCCCAGUACAUCACAACAACAGAAGAGUACAUGAAAGCAAAUGGAGAUGUAUACAACCAUUUAAUAUCUGAGGGAAUAUUGGAACCACUUAAAUGCCACGUUAUUGGAAUGAGGCAUCAAGACAACACAAAAAACUUUGUUGUUCCUAAUGGCACAAGUUUUCUUGUAAAGAACAUACUACAACAAGCUAAGAUAAAUGAAACAAAAUUUUCUCACCAUGUCUCAUCAAUAGAUCUUGAAGAUGGAAGGUGGAUAGUUGAAACAAAAACAGGUGAAAAGGAUUACUUUGAUGUCGUUGUCUUAACUAUGCCAGUACCACAACUGUUUCUACUCGAAGGGUCAGUUAAAAGAAGCAUUCAAAGUCUUGCAGAACCCUUGAACACAGUUACCUAUAGCGCUAGAUAUGUGUUGGUUCUAUUUUACCUGGAAAAUAUCAAUGAAAACUGGGGCGCACAAUACAUCGAUAACAAUCCCAUAUUUAGAUACGUUUCCAUAGACAACAUAAGGAGAAAUCAGCCAGAAAAUCUCUGUGCUGUAGUUUUACAUUCUACGGUCAGCUUUGGAGCAAAACACAUUGAAGACUCAAUUCCAGAUAUGGAAAAAGUGUUGGUUUCUCAGGCAAAAGUUCUAUUUCCCAACUGGCCUGAGCCUAAAGCAGUCAAGUGUCACAAGUGGAGAUACUCGCAAGUGACAAAUACUUAUCCAGACGCUCCUGGUUGUGUGUUGGUAUCUUCUUCCGCCCCAUUGGUCAUAGGAGGAGAUGCAUUUGCAGGUUCAAAAUUUGACAAUUGUAUCCAAUCUUCAAAAUCGAUAUGUCAGAAAGUUGUGGAAGCUCUGGAAGUUGGUAAACUCUCUAAAAAAAAUAAAUGACUUGUGCAAAAUCCAUGCUGCUAAGUUUAUUCAGGG